UCCCAUCCCCAUCUGUCCCUCCCCUCCCACCACAGGUGUGCGGUGCUGGGUCUGUGCCCUUGGUCUCUGACUGUGUGAUGUCUGUCUGCACAGGGAUGGGCAGAUGGACGGACAGAGGAGCCCCAGCCACGCCGGGAGCCGUGUGUGUGGUGCGGAGCCCCAGGAAGAAGCCGGGCUGCCUGCGCCGAGGCCGAUGCUGCUGCCUGCCCUGCACAUGGCCCGUCCUGGCUGGGGACAGCCCCGCCUGCGCCCGCCCGGGGACGCUGCGGGGAACCUCACAGCUCCAGCUCGGCUGCGGUUUCAGGUCCAGCUCAUGGAGAGCUCCAGCGUGUUUGCAGCUCCAGCCCACGGAUGACUCUGGCUCGUUUCAGCUCCACCUUGUUUGCAGCUUCAGGUCCAGGUCCUGGACGGCUCUGGACAGUUUCAGCUCCUGUUUGUGGACGGCUCCAGCUGGUUCUGGCUCCAGCUCAUUUGCAGCUUCACCUUCAUUGUUCCUGGCCCAGCUCAUUUUUCAGCCCUGCCUGCGCCUGCCCAGCUCUGCCUGCCCGGACUGCACAGCCACAGGUCCAGCUCCUGGACGGCUCCAGUGCAGUUUUGGCCCCAGCUCAUCUGAGGUUCUGUCCCAGGACCAGCUCGUUUGCAGCUCCAGCCCAUGGAUGGCUCUGGCUCUUUUGCAGCUCCAGGUCCAGCUCCUGGACGGCUCCAGUUCAGUUCUGGCCCCAGCUCAUUUGUGGUUCCCAUCUCAGGCCCAGCUCGUUUGCAGCUCCAGCCCAUGGAUGACUCUUGAUCAUUUCAGCUCCAGUUGGUUGUGGUUCCAGCUCGUUUGCAGCUUCAGGUCCAGCUUCAGUUCAGUUUCGGUUCCAGCUCGUCUCCUCUCCAGUGCAGUUGGUCUCCAGCUCCAUUUGGUGCCUCAGCUUCACUCCAACUGAUUCCCAGUUCCGGGGUGUCUGUGCCUCCAGCUCCAGCCCAGUAGAGCUCGUGCUUGUUCCAGUGAUCCUGGCUUUUGGCCAGGCCGUAAAUCAAUCACUGUCACCUCUUGGAUAUGAAUAUGACCUGUCAUAACUGCGCGCGCGUUGAGUCAGUGGUUUGUGUUCAGUGUUUAUUACGUGUGUACCUUGAAUAAAGAGUUGGACGAAG